UGUGGUCAUGAACUUUUAUAUAGUAGGUAAGUAGGCGGUUUCGGUUUGGGACGCAGCUCGUGGCUUCAAGCAGUCGUCUAUUUGCAUGUAUAGCACGAUAAAUAAUUAACUGCACUCGAAGCGUUCGUAAAACUUAAAAAUAAAAACACCCAAAACUGUAUCCGGUACCAUAACGAAGACCAACUGUAUGUCGAUACGUGAAAUUCUGGAGGGGACGUCGGACGGCGUGGCGCGGGGACGUAAUGACGUGUGACGUUAAUCCAUCUAUGUUCUAUAACAUGUAAAGGGAACAUGAAAGGCGUAUUCUAAAGGCGACUCAUGUAAACACCUUAAUCAGAAUAUUGUCUUAUUCAGAAUAAGGUCAGUAAUUAGAUUACUGCUGUCCAUGUAAACGUAGUCAAUGUAACCAUUGCAACUCUACCACUGAGGUCUCACUAGUACAGGUUAACUAGCCAAUAAUAAUUAUCAUUAUCAUUAUUAUUAAUGUCCAACGUUGCAUCAAGUUUUGGCAUGGAAGAGGCAGCUUUGGCUUUGGAAACACAAAUAUUGAGAGGAAUGCCUAUUUAUCUGGACGGCAUUUGUUACACCACUGUACGAGGAGGACGUUUGCCUUCCGAAGGCAGAAAAUCAAGAGAAUUUGAAUUUGAAUCAGAUUGUAUACCGAUGAAUGUCUCAAAUAAUAAACAAGCUGUUGAGGUAAAUAAUUAAUUCAUAUUUCUCUGAGCUUUUUUGCGUAUUACUUUUCUCAAAUUAUGGAAGCAUGCUACUGUAACAAAAAUAAAAAAUAAAUAAAAAUCAGCCAUAUCCCAUAUGUGCAAAACAUGCAUUGGUGGUAAAGGAAUAAACAACAACAACAAACAAAAUCAACAACAACAAAAAAAAAGUCCAGUGUGAAAGUUGUUUAAGUAGAAAACUGAUUGUAAAGCUGAUAGUACACGGAAUAACAUGACUGAAGCACGGAAUGACUGCUGAAAAACUGGUUUAAUGAUACACAGUGACACUGAAACACAAUGCCAUGGGUCAGUUGUUAUGGUGUUAUCAAAGAUAAUGUCUGCAGGAUUUCAAGAGAAAUUCAUCUGAAUUCUCCUCCCACUAUAACCGGCAGGGAACUGAUAAGACACAAACACACACACGCUCAAAUACAAGAAGAGAAAACUUUUAUCCACAUUCUACUUAUUUAGCUACGCUCAGAUUAGAGAAGGAAUACGAUGAAGACAGCAUGAGGACGAUAAUAACAACGAUGAUCAUUUUCUUCAUGACGUGUGUAGUCAUGGUGUCCGCCCAGAGCAAAUUCAGGCAGAAGAGAGCGUGGAUCAUUGACUCAUUCACUAUAGAGGAAGAAAGUCACGGCCCUUUCCCAUACAUACUUGGCACGAUAAACGUGGAGCGAGACUAUUUGGUAAGGUACUUUCUCAAAGGGAGGGGUAUUGAUGAGGACCCUAAGGAUGUUCUGAGUAUCAACUUCAGAACUGGUGAAGUACUCGUGCAUAAGAAGGUCGACUACGAGACCAACCGAAAUCUCACGUUCAAAUUCGAAGCAAGGGAUAAAGAUCACAAGCUGGACACAAACCUCAGAGUGGUGAUUAAUAUCUUGGAUAUUAAUGAUAACGCUCCUCUUUUUACUCUUCCUUACUAUGAAACAACACUCGAGGAGUCGCACCUUCAAGGUGAACUGGUUACCACAGUCUCCGCUUCAGAUAACGACGACCCAACCACAGUCAACGGCAUUUUCAAAUUUGCACUCGUCUCGGUCACCCCCAAAACAGAUAAUGUCGAAUUCUACAUCACUCAAAACAACACCACGGGAAAUAUUUACUUCAAAGGCUGCUUGGACUAUGAGAAAGCACAGAAAUAUACUCUCCUGAUCAAAGCCACAGACAGUGGAGAAAAAGUGCAGCUGUCCAGCACGAGCACAUUGGUCCUGAACAUCAUCGACAAAAACAAUCACCUCCCUGAAAUCACAGGUCACACAGGUCCUGGAAAGAUAGAAGAACGAGAGAGCGGAGUGGAAGUUCUGCGCUUGCAGGUCAGCGACAAAGACAGUCGAGGUUCACCAGCAUGGAAAGCUAAAUUCACUCUUCAUGGAGAUCCGGAGAACUAUUUUAAAAUCCACACAGACCCCAAAACCAAUGAAGGAAUCCUGACUGUUAUAAAGGCAAUGGAUCACGAGGAGCAAACGACAAGAAAAAUGUUGGUUAGUGUGGAAAAUGAGCUGCCUUACUUCUUCUGUAAGGUGAAAACUCGUACACCGUUGCACCUAUGGGACGUAGAGUCGAACGCAAGUGUGUCUGUCCUCGUUAAGCCUUUUCCAGUCACUAUCACUGUUGACGACGUCAAUGACCCUCCAGAAUUUGCACCACCUGUUAAAAUAAGAUUGAUCACGGAGAAUGCAAAAAUCGGAACGCUCUUGGAAACUUUCACAGUCAUAGACCCGGAUAAGACAUAUGGAAACUCAUUUCACUUUGUUAAAGUUGUAGAUGAAGAGAACUGGGUAACUGUUGAUUCAUUAACUGGUCAGGUUUCUGUGGCCAAAGUUAUGGACAGAGAAUCACCAUCAGUGAACCACAGUAGAUAUGAUGUCAUCGUGCAUGCUGUGAAUAAAGCUCAGCCUCCACAGACCAGCACUGGGACUCUGAUCAUCCAGUUAAUAGACGAGAACGAUAACGUACCAAAGUUAGCGGUGGAUACAGUCAGUAUGUGUUUAUCAGAUGAGAAAACCAUGACUACAAUCUCUGCUGUAGAUCCAGACCUUCCACCAUACAGUGCACCAUUUCAAUACGAGCUAAUGGAAGACGACGGAAUGGAAGGAAAAUGGAAGCUUGAGCCAAUCAAUGAGACGACUGUGAACCUGGUCAAAGAGAACACAGUCUAUGCAGGCCAUUACAGGAUUAGGAUCAAGAUAUCAGACAACCAACGCUACGGUUCGGUCCAAAUCCUGUCCAUCACUGUGUGUGACUGCACCGGCAAUUUCAACUGCAGCUUUCGCAGUUUCAGAGUCCAGCCGAGUCUUAGAGCCAUUGGAGUAAUGAUCUUCGCUUUCCUGCUUCUGCUAGCGAUGCUUAUGAUGGCUCUUAUGUUCUGCAAAACGCCAGUGAAAACCAUGAUCCUGCAUGAUGAUGGUCCUGGGAAUCUCAUUCAGUCCAACAUUGAGAUGCCAGGCACAGACUGCAAGCUCCCAUAUGAAAUAUACCAGUUACUCACGAGCCAGAGAAGUGUGAUGAUGUCCAAUGGCUUUUCUAAACAGAAUUCUAUGCUUCAUAAAGGUUCUACAAGACACUCAUAUCGUCAGAUCCAAAAUGAUAACAUGACGACAUCAGUGGGCGAAAACGGCCGUACUUACUACACAGAUGACUUUUAUAAACAGGUCCUGUCAAAUCAACUUGAUAAGAGCCUCCUCCUGCUCCAGACUCAAGAACAGGAGAUCGGCGAUUACGAGCCACACCGCUAUGCGUAUGAAGAACCCGAUGAAAACCUCGAUCCGAACCUCGAGCCCCUCACCAUUCCUGAGACUGAUUUACAGCCGGACAUCCUCACAAACCUAGAUUCGCGCUUUAGCAACCUGGCAGCUGUGUGCAGGCCUGAUUUAAUGUCAUCUUCCCCGAAAAUAUUAGGCUAA